AAGCCCAGGGUGGCAGUAAGGCUCACCUACCUCACCCUCUUCUCUCCUUCUUCCCGCCUCUCUGUGAGUACAGCUCCAAUGGCCCCCAAAAAGCCAGAGCCCAAGAAGGACGAUGCCAAAACCGCUGCCCCCAAAGCAGCUCCGGCCCCUGCGGCUGCACCUGCGGCUGCACCUGAGCCCGAACGCCCUAAGGAAGCAGAGUUUGAUGCCUCCAAGAUUAAGAUUGAGUUCACGCCUGAACAGAUUGAAGAGUUCAAGGAGGCCUUCCAACUGUUUGACCGCACACCUAAGGGCGAGAUGAAGAUCACGUACGGGCAGUGUGGGGAUGUCCUGCGGGCUCUGGGACAGAAUCCUACCCAGGCAGAGGUGCUCCGCGUCUUGGGGAAGCCCAAACAGGAAGAGCUCAACUCCAAGAUGAUGGAUUUUGAAACGUUCCUGCCCAUGCUGCAGCACAUCUCCAAGAACAAAGACACGGGCACGUACGAGGACUUCGUGGAGGGGCUGCGGGUCUUCGACAAGGAGGGCAACGGCACGGUCAUGGGUGCAGAGCUCCGUCAUGUGCUGGCCACGCUGGGUGAGAGGCUGACAGAAGACGAGGUAGAGAAACUGAUGGCUGGUCAAGAAGACUCCAAUGGCUGCAUCAACUAUGAAGCAUUUGUGAAGCACAUCAUGGCCAGCUGAGCCUCUCAGGAAGCCCAGGGCAGCCCAAGCUGGGGACGUGCCAUCUCCCAACCAUGAUGCUGACACCAUGUCUGGAGCUUCGGGAAGGAAAGGAGUGUCCCAGACUCCAGCACAUGGUCCCGGAUCACUCCGUGUGCGGUGGUCCUCCCUGGCCCCUGCUAGGAUGUGCUUGCCUACCCGUGGUCGCCAUUCUGUCUCCACCCUGCGGCCUUAUGAAUAAAUGAUUUCCUUCCUUCUGCUCUCUCUC